AUGUCCUUCUUUGAUUUCCCUAUUGUGUUUGCUUGUUUAUUAGCUGGGUCAGACCACCCUCCUCCAGUGAUUAGACAGGGCCCAGUCAAUCAGACCAUUGCGGUGGACAGCACAGUGCUCAUGGGCUGCCAGACAGCUGACUCUCCACCCCCGACAGUCCACUGGAAGAAGGAUGGUUUGGUGAUGUCGCCUUCAGACUCCCGCAUGUCCAUUACCGACUCAGGAUCUCUGGAGAUUCGUUACUCUAAGCUUGGAGAUACAGGCUUCUACACUUGUGUAGCUUCUAGUCCCAACGGAGAGGCCUCCUGGACAGCGUACCUACAGGUGGAGGAGUUUGGAGUUGUUGUUCAGUCCAGUGAGCCGUUUGACCCCAGCCUAAUUCCCAGUGCUCCAUCCAAACCUGAGGUGACUGACAUCAGCCGCACUUCUGUGACUCUGUCGUGGAAAUCGGACACCAAUAAUGGCGCGAAACCUACAUCUUACCUCAUCGAGGCAUUCAGUUAUACGUCGGGCAGCAGAUGGGUGACCCUAGCUGAGCAUAUAAAUACCCAAACCUUUGUGCUGAGGAACCUGAAGCCUGCGACUGUCUACCUCUUCAUGGUCAGAGCGGUGAAUGCUUACGGCCUCAGCGACCCCAGCCCAAUCUCCAACUCCAUCAGAACACAGGACAGCACGUCCACCAUGCAGGGAGUGGAUCACCGUCACAUCCAGAGGGAGCUGGGUGACGUGGUAAUCCACCUGCACACACCAACCGUCCUCUCCUCUUCUGCUGUCAGGGUGCAGUGGAAUGUCGAGCAGCAGUCCCCGUACAUUCAGGGCUACAAGGUGCUCUACAGGGCGUCCGCUGAGCACGGGCAGCCGGAGGGGCAGUGGAGCGUUCUGGAGGUGCACGCCCCCCGGGAGGAGGGGGUGGUGCUUGGUCAGCUGAAGAGAGGGUCCAUCUACGAGUUCAAAGUGCGGCCCUUCUUUGAUGAGUUCCAGGGAGCUGACAGUGAGGUGAAAGUGGUCCGGACGCUGGAAGAAGCCCCGAGAAGAGCACCCCAGGGUGUUACAGUGACAAAGAGUGAUGCCAAUGGGAGCGCCAUCCUCGUUGCUUGGAAACCACCUCGAGAGCGAGAUGAUGCUGGAGUCAUUCAGGAAUACAAGAUCUGGUGUCUGGGUAAUGAGAGUCGCUAUCAUGUGAACCAGUCUGUGGACGGCUCCACCUUCUCCGUGCUGAUCUCCACUCUCACGCCGGGAAUCCGCUACAGCGUAGAAGUAGCAGCAAGCAACGGUGCUGGAGCUGGGGUCAAGAGUGAUGUCACCUUUUUUCAAUUAGACUCUGCAGGCGAGAUGAUGGACAGCGAGGAGAGGGACACGUUGUCUCAGAUCUCAGACGUGGUGAGGCAGCCGGCCUUUAUCGCAGGCAUUGGCGCCACCUGCUGGCUGGUGCUGAUGAUCUUCAGUGUGUGGCUCUACCGGCACCGCAAGAAGAGAAGUGGCCUCAGCAGCACAUACACCGGCAUCCGCAAGGUGCCAUCAUUUACCUUUACACCUACAGUGGCAUAUCAAAGAGGAGAAUCAGCGUGCAGUGCUGGCAGACCUGGCCUUCUCAGCAUGGGGGAACCUCUCAACCAGCUGUGGCUGCCUGACAAUUGGCCAAAUGCAUGUGCCAAUCACAAGGACUGUAGCAUCAACUGCUGCAAUAAUGGCAACGGCACCAGUGACAGCAACAUGACAACAUACAGCCGCCCAGCUGACUGCAUAGCUAACUAUGGAAGCCAUCCUGAAAACAAACAGCUGGGUCCUGAGAUGGCCAUUUACAGCGACGUGAACCUCUCCAACAAGCUCAACGACAUCAAGACGUUCAACAACUCCAGCCUGUGCUACGCCAGCCCAGGAGGAGACCCAGCAGCCACGUACGAGCCCAUCCCCUACGCCACCACGCAGCUCAUCCAGGCCAGCAUCAAGAGUAAAGCAGCUGCUGGGGGGGCUUUAGCUGAACCUAUGGACAUGCACUGCUGGAAACAGCCCCCCAACCCUCCUCCAAUACCAAAGGAGAUGAUGGCACAUAUGCAGUACAACAUCAUAGAGCAAAACCUGCAUAAUAAAGAUCAUCUGAAAGGAAGUGAAGGAAUGAUCCAUCCUAAGACUAUCCCCUACAACCAGAGCCGUGAUCACAGCACAGGCGGCUCGCACCACAGCUCCGACAGAGGCAGCAACAGCACCGCGGGGAGUCAGAAUCAAAAGAAAGGAACGCGGGCCCCAAAAAUCCAGAAACAUAAUGCAGUGAGCUGGGGAGAAGCCCCGCCUCCUCCUCAUGCUAAUGCCUGGGACUGCGACGAGUACAGCCUACCCAUGGAGAGGAGUUUUGAUCCAGACGGGAGAAUUGAAGGCUGCCCUACUCCACCAGUUAGAGGGGCGGCCUCGUCUCCCCCCGUCGUGUCUUACAGUCACCCCCCCAACACACAGGGAGACCGGAGCAACGACCUGCACAAUGGAGCCCAGCACCUUAGGUAA